UGGAUAACCUGCCCUCUCUCUCUCUCUGUCUUGGCAGUCUGGAACGCCAGGAAUCUGUUGCCACCACGGAGGCCCGGCUGAGGAUGGAGGGGGUGGAGCUGAAGGAAGAGUGGCAGGACGAGGACUUUCCCAGACCUCUACCUGAGGAAGAGGAGGAAGAGGACAUUGAGCUCAGUGACGAGCUAUUCACUGGCGCAUCAGGAGAUGGAGAACCUGCGGCACAACCCUACGGCACCAAGAAGGCCAAGAAGAAGCUGCCGGCCCCUGACAUCAGCCUGAAUCUGGACCGAAGCGACAGCUCGGUCCUCUCCGACGAGCUGGACAACAGCACCGAACUGGACCUGGACGACUUGGACACGCCCUCAGACAACAGCAACGAGUUCGAGUGGGAAGACGACCUUCCGAAGCCGAAGAGCACGGACCUCCUGCGGAAGGGCGUGGAGUCAGUGGAGGAGUACUCCGUGUUUGAGGAGCGGGAGGAGGGCCGACGCUGGAGGGUCUUCCGAAUCGGGGACCAGGAGCACCGCGUCGACAUGAAGGCCAUCGAGCCCUACAAGAGAGUCAUCAGCCACGGGGGUUACUAUGGUGACGGGUUGAACGCCAUCAUUGUUUUUGCGGUUUGCUACAUGCCUGAGAGCAAUCAGCCAAAUUACCGAUACAUCAUGGACAAUCUCUUCAAGUAUGUGAUCGGCACUCUGGAGCUCCUGGUGGCUGAGAACUACAUGAUCGUUUACUUGAACGGAGCCACGUCUCGACGCAAGAUGCCCAGCGUGGGCUGGCUCAGGAAGUGUUACCAGCAGAUCGACCGGAGGUUACGGAAGAACUUGAAAUCUUUGAUAAUCGUCCAUCCUUCCUGGUUCAUCCGCACACUUCUUGCUCUCACCAAACCGUUCAUAAGGUAG